GCGAAAUGCAUUCCUGAUGUUCGUUUGUUCUUUUGACUCAAGGGUAGUUCGUAUGUAGCUUUGUUCACCUCUCUUUGAAAGGAAAACUUAGAAGUAGAGCCGACAUGUCCUAUGAGAUCUCCUUAAAAUAUGUGAUUCUUGGAACGGUURUGUUAUUACAAAAACUGAGCGAAAGUACRACAGUAAAUUGUGACRCCUACAAGGCAAAUACAACUGUCCAAGGACCACCAGUUAUGACUAUGAAGGGUGACAAAGUAAUAUACAAAAUGUGGCACACAGGAAAUUCUGGCUAUUUACAUUGUUGUACAUCUGGAAACCCUUCACCUACAAUCACAUGGUUUAAAGAUGGUCAUGAAAUAGAUUUAUUGAACAUCAGGCUAAUUCUGAGAAGCAAUAACCAAACACUAUUAAUCACACCAUUAAAGCUAGCAGACUCUGGGAUGUACUCCUGUCAGUCAACCAACAGAUUUGGGAAUGAAUCUAGAAAAUUUAAUGUUGAUGUGAAAUCCUCUCUUKUGUUCCAAAAACCAGUGGUGAUACUUAAGCCAGGUUCUUGGAGUGCUGUUGCUCAUAGCAAUGUAACUUUUCACUGUAUCGUGAAAAAGAGUGCAAGGAAGCCRUUAGUAUUAUGGUACCUGAACAGUACAUCGACUUCUCCACUGAAUUUUCGAAGGCAWGGACAAUACKUUGUAUCAAAGACAAAACAGAUGGAUGAGGAUCAAACAUGGAUGUCAAAUUURACCAUAAAAAAUGUAACUGUGAGUGAUAGAGGAGUCUAUAUAUGUGAAGCUAAAAAUGGUGCUGGCUCUGGAAAGACACCUGAGGAUAGUGGAGUACUUAYCAUCCAAGAGCCUACAGAAAAGACAUCUUUGAAAACUGAGCAAACAAAGACAACAACAGAUCCAGCAGGGCCGUUAACUGUCGUCGUUACAGCUACAAUUGUAACCUUGGYAWCAGCUGUUSUGAUUAUUGUGGCGAUUCUUCUGUACAGAAAGAAGCAUUCUCGUACUCCAGGAAUCAUACAAGAUGGCAACCAUCCAAUGGAUCCAUCUGCCGAUAGAUUAAUUAAUGUUGAUGUGGGUAUCCCRUUAGUGGGAAACUUUGACUGUAAUGACAAAGUUGUUUUUGAUGUUUUCAUCUCAUACUCAAGCCAAGAUCGUGAUUUUGUCAAAAACAUUUUAUUCGAUGAACUAUCAACAACACAUAGUGUGUGCAUUGACUUCAAGGACUUUGAAGCAGGCUUGUACAUUGGAGAUAAUAUAUGGAACAGUAUUUUCAGAAGUAAAAAGACACUAUUAGUUGUCAGUAGAAACUUCCUCAGUGGAGUGUGGACACACUUUGAGAUGCAGAUUGCUCAAGGGAGACUGGCUCAAGGUCAAGAUGUGUUGAUCCCUGUGAUUAUAGAGAAUAUCGCUUUUGAUGAGCUUCCAAAACCACUUCAAUACUAUCGUCAAACCAAGACGUACCUGGAAUACUUUAACGAAGAUGUGAGGCCACAUUUCUGGAAUCGUCUGAGAAGUACUUUAGGGCCAAGUCUUCGAGAAUACCAGGAUAACAGUCAACAGGCUGAAGUYGAUGCUUCCAACAAUGUUUAACAUAAGUAAAAUGAGAUUAAGUUCAAGGAGAUGUAGUGGAUGAGGAUGUAGUUGAGGGAGGAUGUAGUAAGACAAGCAGAAGAUUAUGUUUAGUCCUUUUUUUACCAACCAGAUACAUUGACAUUGUCCAAAUGAUUGUUAGAUGCUCCUCUGCAUCCUAUUUAGUUUCCUUAAAGAUAUACUUUGCUACUGCCACUUUUUUUUUUUUACACUUUGCUUUUUGUUUUGUGGAUUUUGUGGAUUCAUCGGUAGCAUGAACAUUUCAUUUUGAUUACUUGAGGUUUCUUUUGGAUGUAGCUGAAGGAAGGUGUAGCUAACUGAAGUUCUUAGCUACUGAGUUAAAAUAGUGAUGUUGAUUUAUUUUAAUAGCAGAUUUUAUUCAUCCUUUCAGUUCAAGGAUGAUGUAUCCAAUAAAAAUUAUUUCACGUGAAACCAGCUGAAACAAAAAAWUGUWCAUGGAUUGCGCAGGAAUUAGAAACUGUUGUGCAACACCAAAUAYGUGACAAAGGUAUCCAUGGUUGUAAUUAAGACUUCCUUUGGUGCUUGUAAAUUCUUCUUUUAAAUCAUUGAAAGAUUUACACUAGACCACUGUGAUGUUUGCAAACUAUGUCAUUGACUCAUUGAUUAUUUAUUAAUAGAAGAAUUAAAAGAGAAAAGUAAAUUCUG